UACCAACUUUCAUCGCAAAUUCGGUCACAAAUUUAAACUUUUCCCAACGCAGAGCGGCAAAUAAUAAUCUACAGGAAAGAAGAGAAGACAAAACGCCAUGAAUUUCAGUGAUUUCAAUCGUGGAAAUUGUGAGUGAGAGUGCCUUAUCGUGGAGCAUUAAACAUCGGCGUUGAAAUCUGCAAAUGUGCGUGUUUGUUAGGGUGUCCCAAACAAAAUUCAUUGUUUAAGAACGGAGCAUUUUUCGACCAAACUACAAUUCCAUAGCCUGUGAAGUGAAAUUAACUCCAACAAAUUCGAGUUGAGACCCCCGUAGACGGUCUGCUGGAUGGUCUGUGCUAGAAAAAAAGAGAAGGGUGAAAACGAGAAAAGUCCAGUGAAUGGUACAGUGAUGAUGGUAUCUUCCGACACCGAAGACUAUAUGCCAUUGAACGCAACCAUCACGGUACAGUCGGGACCGGAUCCGCCAAAGCCACCUCCGCCGCCACCCGCUCCCCCGAUGCUGUUCCCACUCAACGGCGGCGGCACGAUCAACAGCAACGGCAGCAAAGCGAACGCCAAUAAAGACGGCAGUCAGACCGGAACGAACAAAAGCUCGAACGGCAACGUUCCACUGCCACCCCCGCCGCAGGAUUCGACGAUACGAAAGCAACAGCAGCCACUGUCGGCCAUAUCGAUUCAAGAUUUGAACAGCGUACAGCUACGGCGCACCGACAAAAUGCUUUCGAAGACAUUUUCAGCGCCCACACGCAGCAUGAGCAUGCAGUGCCUUUCUUCCACCAACGAACAGUUCCUCUCGCAAAAGACCGACCUGAUUGCGGAACUUAAAAUGUCCAAGGACAUCGCCGGGGUAAAAAAGAUGAAAGUCGAACGAGCUAAACUGGAGGACAAGCAAGCCACCGAGGUGUAUUCGGAAGUCACCCGGCAAUUCACGGCGGCAAACUAUGUGGAUCAGAACCCCUUGUCUUCCGUCCCCCGUGUUGCGCUUAUCAAUUCAACUGAUAAGUUAUUACAGGUACCGGACCGAGACCACCAGGGAAAUCUCAUUCCCGACUGGAAGCGCCAGAUGCUCGCCAAGAAGGCGGCCGAGAAGGCGAAGAAAGAAUUCGAAGAUCGGUUGGCCCGGGAGGCCGAGGACCGCCGGCUGUCGGCGAUACCCAAAUGGAAGCGGGACCUGAUGGCUCGGAAGGAGGAGGCCGAAAAUAAGCUCAAAUCCUCGAUCUACACGCCUCGAGUGGAAGAAACUCAACGUCGCACGGACACAUGGCGUUCCCGUAUGUCCCAGCGGGCGAUGUCGAUCGACAACAUCAGUUUCACUUCGCAGCACGAAGAUUCCGUAGGGUCACGAUUCAAUAAGGAAAACAACCUCAACAAUCAACACAACGGAAAUGGUAGCCAUCAGAAUGGUACCAGCAACGGUCAUCACGCCAAUGGAGGCAGUAAUCACAGCAAUAGCAGUAGCAACACCAACAUCAACGGCAGUGGUAGCCACCAACAUAGCACACGUAGCUCAAUGGAGAACAUCAAUAAUAAGAACGAUUACCAUCAUCAUAGCACGAACCAGAAUGGUAACGACGAUGACGAUGACAGUGAACAAAUAAUCCCUUGGCGGGCUCAUCUGCGGAAAACCAACAGUCGUCUAAGCUUGAUCGGUUGAAGCAAAGUACUGUACUCCUUGGCUGAUGCCUAGAACUAGCUUGUUGUAUAAAGAUUUAACAAGAAUACUAUGAACGCAUAAUAUAUUUUAGCUUAGUUCCGUAUAGCAGAAAACUGCAAACAUCACUAAUUUUAUCUUUCGAUUACAUUAUUUAAUUUCGAGAAUACUGCUUAUGAACAAAAAUGACCAACCUGAAACCACGGGCUUAACAUGUAAACAUAAAUCAAAGAUUUCGUUGCAAUAUUACACUAAGGUUACUGUUAAUUCAAGUAGCGACGAAUAAAAUGGAGAUGUGGUACGGAUGAUACUUAACCUAUGUUAAAUAUGUAAUUCGGACAUGACGUGAAACUGCAUUGUGAUCAUUGUUAUAAAUUCCUACAACAAAAAUAUGUAGAUCCACUACCUAAUCUAUCGAACAAAUAAAGAACAGAAGUAUUGUCAAUGCGAACUAUCCCGUUAUGAGGAUUCUCUGAGUUUCAAUAUUGCUCACAUGAUCACCCUGGAAGUAACCUUUUCUGGAAAAAAAAUAAACAUAGUAAAUCUGUUACGGAUAUUAAAUAAAAAGCAGUUUAAGAACCCCAUAGGCUUAUUUCGAAGCAAACAUACAUACCAUUAACCGUGGAAACGAAUUAUCAUUUAGCAAACAAAUUGUAUAUCUCAAACACACAUACGCGCAACCUACGCAAUAUUCAACGUAUUAAAAUUGUAACGGGAUUGACACGAUAUUCCAUUUUAGAGCUACAUAGGCAUAAAUUUCAUUUUCGUUGAAUAGUUAUAAUAAACGUUUAUCAAAUAGA